AUAUAAUCAUUUUAUUUUGAAUCUAUCUCAAAGCUCACGAGUCGAAAAUCAACGUGCUACGAUAUUUAAUCUUUGGGCCUUGCUCGAAAUAAAAUUUUCUCAGACCUGCUUACCGCGAAAGUCGUUUAACGUUCACAGCUAUAGUUAUGUUAAUUGGGCCUAAUGGUUUUCGUGCGUUCGGUCGGUACAAAUAUGGUAUUGACAGUGAUUCUAUUAUCAUUCGUCCAUAUUUCGUCUCUUUGCUUUCCUAUUUCGUAAUAUAGGAUUGAUCUGAAGAGAAAGUCGACAGUUUUAUGUAAUAUUUUCGAGUUGACAUUUUCAUUGCGAAUUCGAAUUUAUGUCAACAUAAAAAUGACAUUAGCAUUAAUUAAUAUUAAACGAUUCCAUGUCGUAAUCGUUUAAGAAAUAUAUUCUUCAGUAAAGGACGAAUUUCAAAAUCGGGGACAUCUUUUUGAUAGUAUUUAGAAAUCGUUUUAUCUUCCUCUAAUCGUGAUGUGAAUGUAAAAUUAAAUCCCUUCAGAAAGGCACAAGUGAAUUGCAAUGUAUCUAUUUGGAAACAUUAUAAGAACAAACGCUGUUAUCAUAUUUCAGAUAAUUUCAAUCGACAUAUUUCACCUGUCGAAUGGCACGCAAUUGGAAGCAGUUGUCACGGGAUGGAAUUGAACGGAAAUGGCAAUAGGUCUGACCACUUUGCUGAGUACUACAUCGAUCCUCGGAUUCAGCUUGAUCCCCCUGCUAGCGAUCAGCCUGACCGUGUUCCGAUACAAUCAAGCGGAUCCAGAGUCUCAUCCGACGAAUGCUCGCGAGCUGCUGCGGACGUACGAUUUUAUAGUAGUUGGAGGUGGAAGCGCGGGUGCAGUAAUUGCAUCGAGGCUGUCAGAGGUGUCAAAUUGGACGGUGCUACUUUUAGAAGCAGGCAGUGACGAAAAUGAAAUCUCGGACGUUCCUCUGUUGGCCGGGUACACCCAGCUUUCCGAAUUCGACUGGAAAUACCAAACUUCACCACCGACCGUCUCCGCUUAUUGUCUUGCCAUGCUCGGCGACAGGUGCAACUGGCCGCGUGGAAAAGUUCUUGGCGGCAGCAGCGUGUUGAACGCUAUGAUUUAUGUCCGGGGUAAUCGCCACGACUACGACAACUGGGCAAGGCUAGGUAACAAAGGAUGGAGCUACGAAGAGGUUCUCCCGUACUUCCUGAAAUCCGAAGACAACCGUAAUCCUUACUUAGCGAGGACGCCGUAUCACGCUACAGGAGGCUACCUGACCGUACAAGAAGCACCAUGGAGGACGCCAUUGUCGCUCGCGUUUCUGCAGGCUGGCCAGGAGCUGGGCUACGAUAUCCGCGACAUAAACGGGGAGAAACAGACGGGCUUCAUGCUAACGCAGGCGACGAUACGCCGAGGUAGUCGUUGCUCGACGGCGAAGGCCUUCUUGAGGCCGGUCAAGAACAGGGAGAACCUCCACAUAGCGAUGAACUCGCAAGUUCUGAGGGUGUUGUUCAACAACGACAAGAGAGCGACGGGGGUCGAGAUACUUCGCGAUGGCCGCCAGCAGAUCGUGAGAGUCAGACGGGAGGUCGUUCUAUCGGCGGGGGCGAUCAAUUCGCCCCAGCUGCUGAUGCUAUCGGGGAUCGGGCCUAAAGAACACUUAGCAGAGUUCAAUAUACCGGUGAUGUCGGACCUGAGGGUGGGCGACAAUCUUCAGGACCACGUGGGCCUCGGUGGGCUGACGUUCAUCGUCAACGAACCCAUCAGCCUGAAGAAGGACCGUUUCCAGACCAUGCCAGUGAUGAUCGAGUACGUGCUGAACGAGAGGGGCCCUAUGACCAGUCCCGGAGUCGAGGGUUUGGCUUUCGUAAACUCGAAAUACGCGGAUGAAUUCGAGGACUACCCCGACAUUCAGUUUCACUUCGCGCCCAGCUCGAUAAAUUCCGACGGCGGCGACCAGAUCAAGAAAAUUACCGGAUUGAGGGACAGGGUGUACAACACUAUGUACAAACCAUUGAAUCGCGCGGAGACCUGGUCCAUUCUGCCGCUUCUGUUGAGACCCAGGAGCUCAGGAUGGGUGAGACUGAAGAGCAGGAAUCCCCUAGUUUAUCCUGACAUUAAUCCUAAUUAUUUCACGCACAAAGAAGACAUGGAUAUCUUGGUGGAGGGGAUCAGGAUAGCUUUGCAGUUGUCCAAUACCACGGCUUUUCAAAGGUUCGGUUCCAGGCCUCACACUAUUCGCAUGCCUGGCUGCCAUCGCUAUCCUUUCGACACUUACGAGUACUGGGAGUGCGCGAUUCGACAUUUCACUUUCACGAUCUACCAUCCGACCGGAACCUGCAAAAUGGGACCAAGGAACGAUCCAACGGCGGUCGUAGAUCCGAGAUUGAGAGUUUACGGGGUGAAAGGACUGAGGGUGGCGGACGCAUCGAUCAUGCCCGUGAUCGUCAGCGGAAAUCCGAACGCUCCUACGAUCAUGAUCGGCGAAAAGGCGAGCGACAUUAUCAAGGAGGACUGGCAAAUGAAGAGGAAACGAUACGUGGGAGGUCGGUGAGAGAUCGUAACGCAUUGUUAAUGGAUCAAGAUGAAAGUAUUCUCCCGAUACGAGGCUGGUGAACCGUUUGGCGCGAGGUGUGUUAGCUUUCUAGAUCCGUGAGUACGACACUGGUCGUACGAAUUGAAAAAUUAUAAUUUAGAAUGGUGCGCGUGAAUUUGUUCGAAGAAAUUUCAGUUUGCUUCUGGAAACAGGUUAAACGAUAGAUUUCACGCGUCUGCAGCGAAUACUGUAACGUGACUAAAAUAGUAAUUUCGUAGUUCAGCGAACAAACAUUAUUUAUACCACGUAUCAA